AAUUCUGCAAGUUUAUGCCACAUGAACUCGACUCCAAGAAGAAAAAUCCCAUGAUCGUAGUAGCUAUGCAAAGACUUUCUAGUGAUUGUUACAUAGCUACUCACUCCCAUGGCUGCGUGCCUUCUACCAACUUCCAAGUGUCUGUCAUCCGGCAUUUAUCUUGGCAGCCCAUCGCCUCCCUACUUAUACCCCAUCUCUUGAUCUCUUCGUGAAACCUGGUUUGCGUCAGGCGAAAGAUGGCGGCGACUUGGGGAGGAUUCAUCAACGUCGUGGCCUUGGCGGUGCUGGUUCAAGUUGCGGCCGCUGCAACUUACACUGUCGGAGGCUCGGAGGGAGGGUGGGAUCUAAGCACAGAUCUGCAGACGUGGGCGUCGGCUCAGACGUUUGUGCCUGGUGACAGCCUGAGCUUCGCAUACGCUCCAUCCCAUGAUGUGGUGGAGGUAACAAAAGCAGAAUACGAUGCAUGCACCGCAAGCAGGCCGAUCCAAUCUUACACAGGCGGGAGCACCGUCAUCAAGUUAUCGGCACCCGGGAAGCGACACUUCAUCUGUGGGAUCGCAGGGCACUGCACCGCCGGGAUGAAGCUCGAAGUCGACGUUGUCUCUGCAGCGGCAGCGGCGGCGACGCCACCGCCCGUCCCGACACCAACGAAACCUGAAGCUCCUGCUGCUUCUCAUGGACCUCGUUCACCGGGGAGUUCGCCGCUCGGCAGCGCCACGAGCACGGGUUCAUCAUCGUCGGAGCCACCGGCUGUAGACCUGGUUCUCGCUCCAGUUUCGCCACCUCCAUCGCAAUCUGCAGCCGACGGAGUUGGUCAUCCAAAGCUUGCGAUUGGACUCACCAUGGGAAUGCUGAUGACUGUGGUUCUGUGACGACGUGUUCUUUCUUUUGCGUUUCCGAUGCGACCGAAACUGUUCCGAUGUGUGUCGGACAUCGUUGAAUUCUUUGACGGUAGAGUAGUACGGAGAUGUCAUUGUUCUUGCA